AUUUUGCCCUUUGGAGAGAGGAUGGCGUCGCUCCUCACCGAAGCGCUGCAGCAUGUCGAGAUGCGCACGGACGUCAUCACGGGCCUCAGCAACGAGCUCGUGCAGCUGGACGUGAAGCUCCAGGACGCCCACUUCAAGGCCAAGCAGGACCCGGAACUGGGCGAGACCGUCCUCCAGCUCUACGUGGCGUUCCUUGCCAAGCGCGACGAGCUCAUCGAGGUGCUGCAGCGCGAGAAGAUCUCGGUGCCAUGGCAGUUGCGCAUGAAGAUCGACGAGUUCGAGCAGUCGCUCAAGGAGCGCAAGGUCAAGCCGUACGCCAAGGCUGCCGACCCCGUGGUCGCGUCCGAGGCUGCACCGACGUCCGUGGCGCCUGCGUGGGAGCGCAAGGACACGUUGAGCGUUGUGGUACCCACUGUCGUCGUGCUGCUGGCCCUCGCGGUCACCUAUGUCAUGCGCGCCGAGAUCUUUGCUUUCCAGCACGACAAGUAGGGCAACGAAAUGCAAAAUACGUUGUGAAAAAUAUAAAAUAUCCAUGGCUACUCGCCGGAGCUCCUUGUCGUGUGGGAAGAAGCAGCCAUGGUUUCUGCACUCUUCACAGAGUUCAAACCACUAGAGCGCUUAGCAGCAGCCG